AUGCGCUUCACGGCAGCCCUAGCUACUCUCGCUAGCCUCACUGCCCUCUCCACCAGCUUUGUCACCCCGGAGAAUGCCAAACGCGGGGCUCCAGAAACCAUCUACCUGGCCAACUGCCACUUUUCGCACUCAGGCGGGAUAAACGAAUACUACUCUGAAGUCGAAUGGUACAAAGCCGGGCACAACUCUCAAGGCACCAUCCAGGAAAACUACCCAGACGACUACGUCCGCAUUGCGGGACCGGACCACGCGCAAGUCUGGGAGGGUGCGCAGAACUCAGUGACGUUUGCUAGCAGUGGGACGGUGGUGACAUACCAUAUUGACAAGGAUGCGCAGAGCAAGUCAGACUUCACGCUGGUGGGUUGGGCGAAUAACGGGUUUCAUGGGUUCAAUUGUUACAAGGAUAACAAGAGGACGAUUUGGUAUUACACUGGGAAUGGGGGCAGGGAUUGUCGGAGUAUUUACUAUUGCCUUCCUGCAAAUACAAAGAAACGAGGUUUUAACGAGCCUAUCGGUCCUUUCGUCUCAGCUAAGAAUAGAAGUCGCGCAGAGAGGUGUAUAAGCAUUUUCGCCCUCUCUACAUUCCUCCUUCCUACCCUCGCCACAAACCCUCAGAUAUUCGCCCGCACACCCCCCGAAACAGUUUACCUCACGAACUGCGACUCCUCCAACCCCCGCGGCAGCUCCUACUACUCCGAACUCUCCUACUACGCCGCCGGUCGAAACUCGCAACACCAUAACUACCCCACAGAGAGGUGCUACAUGACUGAUCCUUCUAAUGGUCACUAUGGGGCAUUCGUAUGGGAGGGGGUGGAAGCCUACUGUCAGUUCACUUCACGGGGUAGCUUGGUCGAAUUCCGAGCGUGGAUUGGAAAGGAUGCCCAGAGCAAAAAUGAUUUUACGCAAGUAGGGACUGCAGAGAAUGAUUUUCAUAGGUUUAAGUGUUAUAAGGAUAACAAGAGAGUGUUAUAUGGGGUAGGGUUAGAUGAUUGUGAACGACUGAGGGCUGCUCUAGAGACCCUGAAGCUGGUCGCUGGCAUGCCAGUUCUCAGUGGCUAG